CUCACCCAGUGAGAGUUCUGUAUAUAUGCAGCCCCUAUUCUGAGAGCAGAAGUGGACAGAUGCUGCAAAGAGAGCAUGGGGCUUCAAUAGGUCCUGCCACCAGCCUGGUCCAAAGGCCUGUCUGUCUACAGGGGAGGGCAGCAGCUGGCCUGCGAAAGUGGGAGAGGACUGUGUAAGAGAAGGAGGAGGUGCUGUCCACCUCUGCCCUGACCUGGGCCCAUAUGACUUCUCCAUGAAGAGUGCACAGGGAUCCAGCAGCAGACCAUGUUGGUGGCCUCUGUCCUACUGACACAAUAUCAGCCUCUGUCCCUGUGCCUUAGAUGGUGGCACUGCUGCUCCCUGCCUCAGUUUCCCUCUCCAACUCUACACCCGCCUGAAUCUCUCCAGAUCAAGGAGCCAGGAUACUUUUAUUGUGUCUGUUGAUCUUGGCCAACACCAGCCGUGACCACAGGGUUGAUCAGGGGUCUCUCACUCUCCCCAGUGGUCCAUCUUUCCUCCCACAGUCCCAGGAGCCCCAGCUCCUGGACAUGUUACUUCAGCCCAGGCUUCACCAGUGGCCCCCGUUCUGUGCCCAUGAACUCUGUCAUCUGCUAAAAAUCCAUUGAUUUGGUUAAUAUUCACAACUGUGGGGGUUUUAUGAUUUGUUUAAAAAAAUGCAGAUUUGAAUUUUAAUUGCAUAAUGAUUCUAUUUCACCAUUAGGUCCGAUUUUGAUUAAUAGCUUGUAAUACCAAAACCAUUCAUUAAACUGAAAUGGGAGUGAAAACAGACAUCAUGCUCAAGUGGAAGAGGCUAUAAAAGUAACAUGAGAUAAAUUAGUCUCCUGUCUCCGAGAGGCUCAGCCCUGCAAACCUGCAACUCCGUGAGAAACAGGAAAGAGAGGGGCCCAACAGGUGCAAAAGGCACCAUGGAGAGAAAGGAGCCUCCCUCAGCAUCUUUAGAGAGAGGGAGGACUAUAAAUAGACAUUCACACCACACCUGGGGAGGUAAAAGCAUCAGGACCAUCGCCUGAAUCUACAAAGGAAAACUCACAGCCAGCCAUCACUCUCCUCCUCCUCCUCCUCCGGGAAGUCCUCCCCAACUACUAGCACCAGGCAAGGGACACCUUGAUUGGCCCACAGACCCAUCACACAAGACCACAGGCUGCUUGAGGCAGCAGCCACACUGCCAGCUCACACAGCUCACACACACCACCACCACCGCAGCCUUGAACAGGAUGGUACCAGCCCACAAAAGGUGUGCCCCAGCCAAGGCCUCACAGCCUGCCUCCUGGAUGACUACCUGGGGCCUCCUGUUUCUGCUCUGGCCUGCGACCACAGAUACUCAGGCUUGCCCCAGGCCCUGUACCUGCCAGUCCUUGGAAACCAUGGGGUUAAAGGUGAACUGUGAGGGGCAAGGCCUCACAGCCCUGCCCGUGAUACCAGCGCACACUCGCCAGCUCCUGCUGGCCAACAAUAGCCUGCGUUCAGUGCCACCAGGUGCCUUCGACCACUUGCCUCAGCUGUGGGACCUGGAUGUGACACACAACCCCUGGCACUGUGACUGCAGCCUCACCUACCUGCGCCUCUGGCUGGAGGACCACAUGCCCGAGGCCCUAAUGCAUGUGUACUGUGCCAGCCCUGACUUGGCCACCAGGCGCCCGCUGGGCCAGCUGACAGGUUAUGAGCUGGGCAGCUGUGGCUGGAAGCUGCCACCAUCCUGGGCCUAUCCAGGGGUGUGGUGGGAUGUGUCACUAGUGGCUGUGGCUGUGCUGGGCCUGAUUCUGCUGGCUGGUCUAUUGAACACAUUUACAGAGUCCAGGAACUGAGCCUAGCCCAUAAAACCAGGGAGAGCCCAGGUCCCCAGAAGCAUCAGCCCCAGUCAGCCCAUGCCAUCAAAAGCCCACAGGGGGCAGGCUGAGGCCGCCUCAUGGGCAAAGACACUUGCUGUCCAGUCUAAAGACCUGGGUUUUAUCCCCAGGAGAGACCUAAAUCUCACCUCCACAGCCUUGCCGUGCACACACACAAAUAAAUAAAUGUAAUUUUAAAAGACAAUAAACCCUCUACACAGCCUUUA